GCUGGGAGGAAGGCAGUCUUUUGCUGGCUGUAUAUGUAUAUAUAUAUGUAUGAAAAAGUUGCUAAUAUAAAAGAUACUUCAGACUUCCCUAUGCUGUCUAUUGAUAUGGAAAACAAAGAAAAUGGAUCUCUGGACACUGAAAACUUGGUAGAGAAUGGAAGACCUCCUGAUCCUGCUGACUGGGCAGUUACAGAUGUGGUGAAUUAUUUUAGAACAGUGGGCUUUGAAGAACAAGCUAACGCUUUCCAAGAGCAGGAAAUUGAUGGGAAAUCUUUACUGUUGAUGACGCGGAAUGAUGUGCUGACUGGACUGUCAUUAAAACUGGGACCUGCACUGAAGAUCUAUGAAUAUCACGUCAAGCCUCUACAGACACAACAUCUCAAGAACAGCUCCCUAUAGCGGAUUGCCAGAUUG